AUGAAGGCAACGAUGAUUCUCUUAUCGACAUUCUCGGCCGCUGUCGGCAUCAAUGCAGCCCCCAGCGAGCCAUGUUAUGGGCCCGAUGGUGCAGCAGGCGUCUGCCUCUCCAGCUCCGAAUGCACCAAACAAGGCGGCAAGACCAUCGACGGCGCCUGCCCAGCCGACGCCGCCAGCAUAAAGUGCUGCAGCAAGCCGAGCUGCGGCGCCUCCAAAGCCGGCAACUGCCGCUGGACGUCCGACUGCGACGCCAAGUCCCAGUCGAACCAGUGCCCCGGCCCGGGCGGGUUCAAGUGUUGCAGCAGCGACGACGAGGGCUUUGGCGGCUAUGCCGAGCCGGUGCUGCCGCCGGUGAGCCCCAAGUGUCUGCAGGUGGCGCGGGACGGGGCCGGCAAGAUCGUCGAGGCGUGGCCGGGCCGCAUCAGACAGGUGUACUGCGCGCGCGACUGCCAGUGUGGCGAGGGCAGCGACCACUGCUGCGGCAGGGCGACGGAUAUGAUGUGCUCCGACGCCGGGGGCUCGGCGACGCUGUCGGGGAGGGAGAUUGCUGAGUGGGUCAUGAGGAACCGGGACGAGCUGAGGCUGAGCUAUGUCAUCUGGGGUCAGAAGAUCUGGCACGUCAAGAACGACAAGGAGAUGGGCUGGGAUAAGUGGCGUACCAUGGAGGACCGGAAGGAUGUCACGCAGAACCACUGGGACCAUGUGCAUGUUAGCUACCGAUAG